UCCCAAUUUAUUAGUUGACCCGACAUUGUUCCAGUCUUUAAGAAAAGCUUUAUUUUCAUAUUUUCUACCAGUGUCAUUAUUGUGAUUCUGGAUCUUUACAAAGUGUAGUCCACUUUUCUGUAUUCCCACCUAUAGAUACAAGCCAACAGAGAAACCUUUAAAUGAUUUGAGGUUUCUUUUUUAUCCAUCACACACACUUAAGAGAGCAUUAUAUUUUACUUCUAUGCAUUUUACAAUGUGCAAAUUAGACUCAUUACUGCUACUGCCUGAGUAGAUAGAUGCCAAGUUUUAGAGUCAGCCAAUGAUUAGGGUAACAGCACAUAUUAAAACAGGAUUAAUGACGGAUUGAUCCUAAUCUUCCAAAUCAUGUCAAGUAGAGCUCUUCGACAUGUCUGGAGCAUAGUCAAGGCUGCUGGACAGUGUCAGAUUAUAGCCAAGGAUUGGAUUAUCACUGCUAAUCCAAUUAUUCAUGUAAUCGGCUGUCAAACUGGUCUUUUUUAUAAGGAUAUCACUUUGGAGAGAGUGAAUCCACACAGGUUUAUUACAGCGGACAUAAUUUGUAUGUUUGGCCUGGCAAAAUUUACAUAAAGUAUCCUGCAAGAGCUCAGAUUGUGGAUAAAAAUGACUAAACCUAGUGCUUUCAUUUAAUGCUUGUAAAAUUAAUUUUAUUCAAUCUUAUACAGGCUGCAAAAUAAACUGAAUUGUUAGUCUGUAGUUUGUGACAUCAGACUAUAGUAGUCCAGCAACCGGAAAUAGAAAAAAAUACAACCGAUGACGACUUGACUCCACCUCAUGAUGCCAUUUAGCAACAGAUGAGCAGCGUUUCAUGUUCAUAUCGGACGGCAGGAGACGAGCAUUGCAAUCGCUGAGGUUCCCCAAAGGAACACUUUUUGAUUGUGUAAUGUUUGUCAGGGUCUCGGUGCUUCCCUUCUCGCUCGCACCGUAGCUAACCGGCGUGUUAGCGGUUUUCUCAUCCGCCCCAAAAACCCGCGUGUGUUACCGCUGGCACUGGUGAGCCUCUGUGGUGGAUCGCUAUGGAUGUGAUGUGGAUGAUACCGCUGCUGCUGUUUCCACUCCUGAUGUGGACCAGCAGCACGUUUGUUUUUUAUUUCAAAAAGUGCUUUUACGUCGCCUGGAUGAUGGUCUUGGCCCUGGUUGCGAUUCCUCUGUGUAUACUGAAAAGCGGAGGCAGAGACAUUGAAAACAUGAGGAUUAUCCGCUCCCUGGUUCGUCAUGUGAAGUAUUUCCUGGGUCUACGGUUCGAAGUGAGCGGUUGGGAGCAUCUGCAGACAGAGGGACCCUAUGUCAUCAUCUCUAACCACCAGAGUUCCCUGGAUGUUUUGGGCCUGAUGGAGAUCCUACCGGACCGCUGCACCAUGAUCGCCAAGAAGGAGUUGAUCUACGCUGGCACAGUAGGCCUCAUUUGCUGGCUGGGCGGCAUCGUCUUUAUCAACCGCAAGAAGACCAGCGACGCCAAAAGUGUCAUGGCUGACGCAGCCAAAACCAUGUUGGACGACCAGAUUCGACUGUGGGUGUUCCCAGAAGGAACGCGGAACCAGAGAGGCGACCUGCUGCCCUUUAAAAAAGGUGCUUUCCACCUGGCAGUGCAGGCACAAGCACCCAUCAUACCCGUCGUUUUCUCCUCCUACAGCAACUUCUACCUACGAAAAGAAAAGCAGUUCAAAGCAGGGACCAUCAGAUUGAACAUCCUUCCAAAGAUCGAGACAAAGGGGAUGACGUCAGACGAUGUGUCAUCCCUCUCCGACAAAUCCUUCAACCUGAUGCGCUCUGCCUUCCUGGACAUCUCUGACUCCGUAACCCAGAGCAACGGGCCCUUGAGGCACUGAACAUUUACCAUACUCCCGCCUCUCUUUCUCCUAUGUCCCUGUCUGAGACCCAUUCCUCCCCCAGACCUCCCCACUCCCCCCAGGUUGUCCCAUUACUUGGCCAGGAAACAACAUGACACCGGUCUCUUGUCAUGAAAUCUCUUCUUGUCUAGUUGACGCCUGGUCCAGUCCGCCUCUGGCCUGACCAUACAGCACAGUCAGUCCCGACCCUCACUGUGUCUGCAGCAGCACCGGCAGCAGCGCUGCUCUGCACGCCGUGAGCGGAGUGACGGACGGCAAGCCGAACAGUAUGGAUGUGUGUCGUUCUUCAUGCAUGCCUUUUGGAUGGCUCUGUCCACCUGCAACCUUGCUUUGGAAGCCUGGUUUUGUUAUUGUCUGACUUUAUCACCAUUUUAUACUUUUUUUUUUGUCUUUUUUUUUUUGUCUUUUUUUUUUUCCUCCUUACCGCUUUCUGUUCAGCAGAUAAACCUUGGCAUUUUCUCUUUUCUGUUCAUAAAUGUCAGUGGGUAUUUGUGGUUCUCUCAUGCUGCCUUUGUUUUAGUUAUCUUUGGACACUCAUACACACACACACACACACGCACACCACACUUUCAAAGAACCAUCUCCUUCCUUCCUUUCCUUUUUAGUGCGUUCUCCCCCUUUCUGCAUUCCAGUCUCUUGCCUAAAGACAAAAGGAGCGGGGUCUCCACGAGGGGUGGAGAGCGUACGCGGAGGUGAGAGGUCGACGCCGGUUGACCGUGGACUUCUUUUAGUUCUGUCGCUGUGAAUUUAACUCUGUAUCCAUAUUGGCUCUUCAGCUCUUAUGACCAAUAGUUCAUGGGCAUACUUCAUGAUGUCAGAAAGCAAAGGAAUUCAAGGUUACAAGAUGCAGUGUAAAACAAUAGCACCCAUCUGUACUGGAUUAAUGGACUUCAGUGGACUGAUCAGUUUUCAGUGUUGUGCAUUGUUGGUGUACCAUUGUGCUUUCUUUCAGUCGGUCUCUCCAAAAAUUUUAAAAUCAACCUGCGUGCAGCAUUGAGCAGCAAGUGUCUUCUGCCUGUAUUCUGUAUUUUUGCUAUUUAUUUCCACGUUGAAUAAUCUUGUUUUUUCUUUUCUGGUUUGUUUGUUUUUAAAGUGAUCACACGUUUUUUUUUGCUCCUCAGAAGGAACUCACAAGUGAACCUAUUUAAGAUGUGUCAAAAAAGGUGAUUUCAUAAAGUGCAAUGUCCAGCUGUUUUAACAUUACUGUUCCAAAGUGCAAGCCACCUGCUGUGCCAUGACUGAGUAUUUUUCAGGAAGUUUCCGAUGCGAGCCCAUUUACUUGACUCACUAUGACCUGUUUAACCAGUCGUCUGCUGACUGAUUGCCCUUUUACCAAUAAUAUGAUUUACCUCUACCAAUGAUGUAAGGCGGUUCUUGCUGUAAGGAAGAGAAUCAAUGGGAUUAUUUAGAUCUCAAGAACUGUUUGACUGAGUCUGAUUUAUAUUUGUUCUGAAGAACUUGGAAGAUUAACUAAUUACUAACGAUCUCUACGUGCAUCUCAGAAAAGUUGAAUUACUUCAAAUGUAUUUUGUUAAUUGGAAAUGUGCAGGCGUGUCCCCGUUUUGUAUUAAUUAAUAUAAAAAUGACAUAAAAGUGAAUGACAUUGUUUUUAAUUGUGAUUUAAUUGUUAACUAGACGUAACCUCAUAGACAAUAUUUAGAUGAUAAUUUAAAUUUUGGCCUUAAGUUUGAUUGGUUGUUGUUGUUGUUGCACUUUGGAUUGUUCUGCUUGUUUGCUUACGAUCAGGUUUUGUUCUGUAAUUUUUACUGAUGUUGACUUCUAACCAGAUAGAACUGACUGAACUGUUUUUAGUUUACAUCCAGGUCUUAAAUUUCACAUUAUUCACUGCCUUUUACACUGUUUGCAAAAUCAACUUAUUUUUGCCGCUUUUGCCCAUCAAACACCAUCUGAGAAUGUAUUUCAGCAUUCAGGAUAUUUAUGUACUACUAACUGCAUCUUAAUGUUUUAUUUUGAAGUUAUUAUUUUAAAGCGGGUUGCUGUCCUGCAUACAGUUGGCAUCAAAUCUAUGAAAUGUAUUUAUUUGAGCAUUAGACUGACUUGUGCACACAGACCUGCAUCAUGAUGUGAAUGGAUUUAUCAAUACGUUGGUACUCAGCCUGUACACUGCUGUUCAUGUUUGAGCGCAUCAGUAGUUUUACUGAUACCUGCUGGGCUCUCUGCUUUAAGUACAUGACAGUCAGGGUUUCAGUUAUGUUCACGGCCAGUGUGGAAUAUUUGCCCCUACUUACAAUAAUUGAUCAAAUUCUACUUUUUUUUUUUUUUUUUCUUAGUUUGAAUAUAGUAUUUAUUGACUUUUUUCUUAACUGUAAGAGCAGAUUUAACCUUUGCAGAAAGUGGUUUGAAUGUUAAAAAGUACUUUACCAAAUUGGUUUCUUCCAAAAAUAUGAACUAUACCAUAUACAUUUUGCUAAUGGAGUGUUUUAUCCAUUGAUUUCCUGUUUGUUUCUUGGUUAGUUUGUAACAGAAAAUGUGUGAUUUGUAAGCUUUGUGUCAUGAGCUUGAACCAGUGGCUAACAGGCUCUGCAAUAACUCCUGCUGGUUGACUUUUUUUUUUUCUUUUCUUUUCUUUUCUUUUCUUUUUUUUGGGCAGUCGUUUACAAACUAUUAUGUAAAAUAUUGGAAAAGAUUCAAAAGUAUUCUGAACCUUAAUAAAGCACCUUUCAUGCUGAGUUUGGGUGGAAAAAAAUAAAAAGGACUUCAAGUUUUCUCUGAUUUUCACCAAAGCUAUUAAAGUGUAAUUGGUGGUAGCUGACAGAGCUGACAUCCUGCAGAGCCUUGUAUGUGUGUGGUCCCCUAUUGUACUAUAUGUGUGUGUGUGUGUGUGUGUGUGUGUAUGCACACAUGGUAUAGACGCCCAUUAUAGUAUCGGGUUUAAUAUUGAUGAUGUAGUGUUCUUGUUUUCACCUACUCUGGGUAGACAUGAAUGCCUUGCAAAAGAAUAAAUACAAAUUCAUUCUUUUUUUUUUUUUUUUCUUUUUAAAGUUUUUGUGAAUUGAAAUGCGUGCUUUGCUUUCCACUGUCAUUUAUAUUAAAAUCAGUGAUGGAAAGUAAAUUCACAAGUACAAUUAAGAUGGAUAGAGAGCAUUUUCAUUUUUUGCUGCUUCUUACUUGUAGGUAAUAGUGAGGUAAAUUAACCUGUUCUAUAGUUUUAUGAAAUGAUAGUUUCAUUUUUUGUGAAUUUUUUCUUCAUUUUAAAGCAGCAAUCUCUUUUAUCUUCUUUAAAUUUGAUUUUCAAAACUUUUUUUUUUUACUUAUUUUAAAAAGAAACAAUGAAAAAUCAUAAAAACUUUGAUCAGGCAACAUUAAAUAAAAACUGUUCACAUGUUAAUACUUGGGUGAUUAAAAAUUCAAGUUAUCUAUGAAAGGAGCUAUUUGUACGUUUUGCUACAUAACCAUUGUUAGCAUUAACAGCUGCUUCAGCCAUCCUUGCGUUUACAAUAUAAGAAGUGCUACUUCUUCAGGGCAGACUGGGCGCUACAGUGACUCGGUAUUGGAAAGUGACGAGACAGGCCAACUGGGCUGGGGCUAGCUGGUUAGCAUGCUAACUUAAGUAGAAGAAAAGGCGUGAUAGAAACGCUGAACUCGCAACGUUUCUUCUAGACUGGUAAGUAAACAGCUGUUAAUGCUAAAGUUAGCUAUGUAGCAAUAGCAAAACUUACAAAUAUCUCCUUUAAAAUGCUAUGAAAUGGGCUGUUCUGCUUGAUGAAGACUUUUUAUACUUUACAUUUAGCUGGUAAUACUUGUGUACUUUGAAUGCAGUACUUGGGAGUAUUAUCACACUUCAGUGUUGAUACUUUUACAUAAGUAAAAGAUCUGAAUACUCCAUCCUCUGCUGAUUGGAGGUUAUGUAUAGGAGAGGUCAGACGGAGACAUCCAGUGUUGUCUUAGCUUAAUGGAGAGUUUGUCUAAUCUUACAUCAGCAGUGUGGACAUGACCGUGUAUUUGCAAACCUUAUUCAGUGAUCCUCUCAUUUCAUUGAGCACAACACAUGUUUUGAUUAAGGCUUUUUAUUACAAAAUGUUACAAAACUAGGUAAAAAAAUGUCUACAGGAACGCUGAGAAAUAACUACAAAGUAAUCAUAAUUUAAAUACAUAAAUACAGAUGUCCACGUCUGGGGCUCAGACAGAGGACACAGCUGCACUGAUUCAAAAACAAACACAGAAACAAAGUGGCCAGUUUAACCUUUGACCCUCAGGGGGUUUGAUUUAGAUGUUACAGGGAUGAUGUAAUGGUGACACAGACCCUGUUACAGGUACUUUUACAAAAUCACAAAUUUGACAAUGAUUGAACAGGAAAAGUAAAUGAACCUGUUGGGGGAAAAAAAAAA